AUGACUAUCACUGUGAAGGCGCGCUCGAAGAACCUGAGAGACGUGACUCUUGCGUCGCACGGGUCAUUGGAGUCUGUCCUGCGCCAGCUCUCGGAAGCUAAUGGCAGAAUCAACACCAACCGACUGCGCCUGACGUACAAGAAGGACGACAAGCAUGUCCCAAUCACGGCGACGGACUAUUUUCAGCAGCCGGACGAUGUGCUGUACGUAAAGGAUCUGGGACCUCAGAUCUCCUGGCGCAUGGUGUUUGUUGCAGAGUACCUGGGGCCCAUUCUGGUGCACACUGCGCUAUACAACCUGUCUCAGCGGCGUGAUCUGACCUGGUUGCACAGUAAUGCGCAGCAAUACAACCCUCACUUGAACCGCGUGGCAUACCUGCUGGUGCUGAUCCACUACGCGAAGCGCGAGUUUGAAACACUGUUCGUGCACUCGUUCUCGCAGUCGACGAUGCCACUUUUCAAUCUAUUCAAGAACUCGUUCCACUACUGGGUUUUGAACGGCAUGAUUGGGUUGGGUUACUUUGGCUACGGUUUCCCAGUGUCGAACGAAACCGUGGUCUGGCUUUACUCGAAGCUGCGGCUGAAUAACGUGUACAAGCUCAUCGGCCUUUUCCUGGUGUCUGAGAUAUGGAACUUCUACACGCAUCUUCAGCUGCGCUGGUGGGGCGAUCUCCAGAAGCGCAAAGGUGUGACCUCGCGCGUCCCCAUCAACAGCGGCAUUUUCAAGUUGCUCGUUGCGCCAAACUACACAUUUGAGGUCUGGUCGUGGGUGUGGUUUGCCCUGAUUAUGAAACUGAAUCUGUUUGCCCUAUUUUUCCUAGGCGUGUCGACCACGCAGAUGUACCUGUGGGCCGCCAAAAAGAACAAGCGCUACGGUACUCGCAGAGCGUUCUUGAUCCCCUUUGUAUUCUGA